AAGCUUAAAAAUCUUCAUAAGAAAUUCAAUGCUAGAACCUAAUUGAUUCAUGUGUCUAGAAUGUCUGAUAAAAUUUUAUGUCGCCUAUGUUUAACUGAUGAUUCCAGUGAGUAUGUCCACCUGUAUGGAAAUAACGGCGAACCCAAUGACAUUCAUGAAAUCAUGGUCCAUUACUUUCAUCCAGAGAUGCUUAAGACAGAGUGUGGUGAGCUUUAUAAGGACCUGUGCUCAGAAUGUUGGAGUCAUAUACUCGAUUUUCACAAUUUUCAAAUGGCCAUAGUUGAGACGCAAAAUAACUUCCAUAAAGAUGGCUUAAACUAUACAGUUGAAGAAAUUAUCGUUGAGGAGCAUGAAGAAAAUGAUGAUGGAGCUCUUGAAAAGUCAUACCUAGAAUUAGUAGAAAAAGAGACGUCCGACACUUCUCUUAUCGAGGAUAGGGACUACAUUGAAAUUGAUGGAAUUAUUGCCGAUGAGCAUGUCAUUCGUGAUCAGAUUGUGUAUCCUAAAGAGAUUCCAUUACACAAGGAUACUAAUGAAGACAUUGAUGUAGUUGUUUGUUCCGACGAGGAAAUAACCAAGGAAAUCAAAGCUUUUCAGACAUUCGACGAAGCAAAAGAAACACAAGAAAUUGCUUAUCCUCCCGCCAGUAAAAGAUCCUCUUUAUUGCAAGGUAAUGAAAGUGCAGAUGAUUCAGUGGGCGAACCACCCAACCGAAAGAAGCUGAAAUGUAGUCAAACCAACUCAUCCGAUGGGGGCAAUUCACAGGAUUACCAACCGAAAUUUCCCCCUAUGGCUAGGGAAAAAACUAAUGCAGAGAAAAAUAAAGAAUCCGACGAUAUUAUAGCCCAAUGGCUUCCCACUCUUGAGUGUUUGCUGUGCCAUAAUUCAUUUCCAAGUUUUACAGCGCUAAAACAACACCAUCGCAAAAAACAUGCCAAGGGGGAGUUUGCAGUUGUCUGUUGCGAACGCAAGUAUACCUAUAGGUGUCAAAUUGAAGAACACGUACGACUGCACCUAGACCCAAACGCCUUCAAAUGUAUGUUGUGUGGCAAACGAUUUUCCAGCAGAGCCAAUUUUUGUUCACACAAACAAUCGCAAUGCAUUCCGACAUAUGAUGAGGAAAACAAAAUAAAAUCAAAAAGGGAGAGUGACAAAAAAAUUGCAGAAUGGCGCUCUACCUUAGAGUGCCAUGAGUGUUCCGACUCAUUUUCCACCUUCACCUCAUUAAAAGCACAUUUCGUCCAACAGCAUCCGCAGAAUGAGUUUUAUAUAGCAUGUUGCGGCCGUAAGUUCUAUUACAGAAGCAAUCUUGAAAGACAUGUUUUACUACACAUUGAUUCGGAAUAUUUUAAAUGUGAUCUAUGUGGCAAAGUUCUUGCCUCAAAAACUUCUCUGAAAAUCCAUAAAAAGAACCAUUGGAAGACGGCCAAAACUUGCAGUUCAAAUGAAGAAGAAAUGAGUAAAAGGAAAAGUUUCAAGAGACUAGAUGAUAUAAUUGCACAAUGGAGACCAGUGUUGGAAUGUCUAGUGUGCAAGCAUCAGUGCAAAUCAUUCACGCUGUUGUCGGAACAUUUUGCCGAGGAACAUAAAGAAAGUGAGUUAUAUAUUGAAUGCUGUGGUCGAAAACUUGGUGACAGAUCGAAAGCGAUGAUGCACGCAAGCCGUCAUCUAAAUCCUGAUUCAUUUGCGUGUGAAGUUUGUGGCCAAAGUUAUACAAGACGAUUUAAGCUGCGCAAUCACAUGCGUAUGGCACAUCCGCAGUUUGAAACUGUUCUAUUUGAUGAAUCUACAAAUACAUAAAUCAUUUUAUGAACACAAAAAUAACAAAUAAUAAAAUUGUACAUUGUUUGUAACUUCGGGUAUGUUAGAGAAAUUUCGAACAUUGGAUAACUAAACCAUCUGAAAGUAACCUAGACAAAAAAAAGUAAAAUAUACCUAGGAUAAGUGUCUGUUAACCCAUUGAAUGGAACAAAGGAAUCUAUGAUUCUUUAACGAUCCAAAUGUAUUCGACUGACAUGAACCUACGUUAAUAGAUGAGGCUCCUGGCACAGGAUGGCUAUGAGCACCACACGGUUUGGAAUUGUGAGCCCCGAUUUGUAUGAUGUCCAUGGUCAAUACGACAAGCUCAGUUGGAAGCUACCGGGCGCGGAUAGUGGGAUGCUUCGUAUACAGAGUAGCUGCAAUUGCUGUCGCGGACAAACAGCGAUACGAGUGGAGAAACUCAGUGAGGAGUCGGGCGGCACCGGCUGAGUACCUAUGAUACAAGCUUAUUGGCGCCUUGUAAUAGCCAAGGGCAUGACGUUCCCGUGGCGAUCGCUCCCAUGGACCGAAACGAGCUUGCUCACUAUGGGGCUUUCCAAGGAUCGCUACCUUCACAUACAAAUAUGUGACCAAUCCCAUGGCAGCCGGUUGUACAUACCAGACUGACCCGAUAGAUUGGAUUGGAUGUAUGGAUUCCUUCAUCGGCAAGGGCUGCCGCCUCCGUGUACAACACACUGCUACAACAAGAACAAAUAUGUGCCCUAUGGGAAAUGGGACAAGUCCCAAACCUGUCAAGGGAUAAAUCCUCUGUUGGUAGGGACCGAUCCCAGUUCUCGUCCCCUUACGAGCGACAAACCCUAUCACUUUUAUAAGGGUUUGUCGCUCGAGGUGACGAAUUGUCACCAUUCUAGUACCGUAGGAUAGGUCCUGGGACAGUUCGCAAAUGAUGAGUAUACCUUACAAGUAUUUUUAAGGGAAAUAACAUUAAGUGGUAAAUAUAUUAAACGGAUAAUCAAUUUUUAGCAAUAAUUAAGCGAUUUUAUAAAAAAUAAUUAAGAAUCAUAAGUUAUAGACAAUUGAAACUUUUCAUUCCCUGUAUGAUAUGUCCC